UAAUCCUGUCUGGAAUUACCCGUGCCCAAGUCUCUUAGGUGGACUCACCUCUUAUUGCUUUGCCGGCAAUCCGAGUAUUGGUAACGGCUUUAUCCAGAGGAAUAUCUGACUCUUCCCUCUUGUCUCCUAGAGUCCCAUCUGGGUCACCAAUUCUGUUAAAGGGUUUCACCAGACUGUGGGUAUCUCUAGGCUUGCUUUAGAGACAAGUUAGACCUGGGCCACCACCACUGGAACUGGCAACAGCUAACAAAAAGCCCCCUCUCUCUAGAGGAUAUAACAUACACUACAAAGAGUCUUUGGUGACUUCCCAGGGACUUUCAGCUCUGAAUUCAUCACCAAUUUCAAAAGUCCAUUGUAUUCCACACUUUUGGCUAGGUCUUAUCGUGCUCUUCUAACUGCAGCUGGGACACCACUGUUCACUGAUGCAGUCUUUGGUCAUCGUCGUUACUCAUGUUCUGAACAAUCUGCAUGAAAAUUCACUUUUAGACUUCUGAGAAAAGAUUCCAAAUGUUCUGUUUCACAGAUACUUAUUCUCUGUCUAGCUUUUCAUUACCUAGCUUUUCUAAGUUGCUGAAACUGUCAAUAUUGUUCCUAGAGCACCUGUGCUCUUUAAUCAAAGCUAUAAACCAGGAUCUGUUUAUUAAUUAUUGCUGCUAAGAAUAAUGUCCUUAGAGAAAAGGGUUUUCUAAAGCUUGUUGCUUUUACACCACCAACAGGUGCACCCUGGUAGCUGCUCUCCCUCCUUCACCUCGCGCCGCAAUGGGACUGCUCCGUCUUCUCGUCUUUCUGGUGCUGGGCAGCUGGUCCUGGGGCUGGGCGGCCCCCGUGCCCCGUCUCUGGCCACCACCCCUGCGAGUCACCUGCUGGGGCCCGCACGGGCAAGUCUCCCAACGGCGGGACAGCGAGCGCUGGGUCUCGUGCCUGUGGAACAGCACCGUGAGCCUGCGUUACCAGCCAGGCCCGGGCAUGAGAGCAGAGCCAGAGGGGAAAGAGGGGCGGCCGCCACCCCCACCUCGCUGCUUCUGGUCCUUGAACUCGACGUGGGUGACAAACACCUCGCGCUGGUCGGGCCAGGUGACGCUGCAGACAGGCCUCCCGCCAGGAAGCGCUCCUCCACCCGGGGUCUCCAUCCUCCUCACCGUGCGCUGCUCGUCGGCGUCCUGCGCUGCACCCGAGUGCUUCCACCACGACGUCACCGUGGAGAUGUGCGGGCAGGACAUGAGGCUGUUCGUGCUUUGGCCGCAGUCGCGCCUGAUCCCCGCGCGGCAGCCCGUGGAGCUGGGCUGGUGUGCGCGCUUCAAGAGCGCCGGCUGGCAGUACCGCUUCAGCAGCCAGGGAGGCAGCCCCUCUACCCUCCUCCUUCCCAGCAGCCAGCACCAAGACACGCUGCCGCCCACCGUCUACCCGACAGCCGAGCUGCGACAGACCUGCGCCACCUACUACAGCUACCGCUUGACCGUGCGCUACAGGCGCCACGGGCUCCACGUUGCCUCGAUCAGCAUCGAGCAGAUGCCUCACAUCAGCCUCAACCUCUCUCUCAAGGUAGAGCGGGACUUGCUGCAUGUCCUCAGCAUCAGCUCCAUGCUCCUUAGCGUUGCUCAGCAGCCCCUCCGCCUCUCCUGGAGGCUUCAGCCCCUUUCCCCGGGGACACUGGCCUACAGACUGGUGGACACGCAGGCCACGGGGGAUUGGCUCCGUUCCUACGGUUCCUUUACGCUGCAGAGCAACUUCUGUGCCGUCCCCACACCUCAGAGCCUGGGUGAGAAAGUGGUGGCCAGCAUCUACUUCCACGUUGAUGGAAAGAGGGUCAAGGAAUCCAUGGGAGAGCUGCAGCUGCUCAACGGUACCCUGAGCCUAACGGCAGGCAGAGAACCUCCCAUCCACGUCAACCUUCACCCAGGGAAGACCAUGAACGGCACUUACACUUACAAGGACAACCACGGAAUGCGUUACACGACCAAAGACGACGAAACCUCCAUUUCCACCGAUGGCCCUCACACGCGCACCGUCUUCUACCGACAGAAGGAGCUCUCCUACGUACUCUCCGUAGAGUUUGUGGCCUUCCAGUGGUACAAGUUCAAUAUGUACCUUUACAUGAAUCAGAAGAGGACGCCAGCAGAAAGAGACCCUGAAGUCCACGUCUUCACCGGCAGCCAUCCUUCCUUUCCGCAAGGCUUCACCUACCUGGUGUGGUUUAUCCCUGCACAACAUCCGAUGCUACAGUGCGAGUGGACCUUCCACCUGCAGCUUCUUGGAACGCAAAGAGACCGCCUUCUCCAGAGCAGCACCUACACGUACAACGACCACGUAAGAAACGCCACGCGUUUUGUCCGUCGCUCCGCGUUACCCUUUGAUCCAGAGAAAUACACGGGGUUUGUGGCAAAAGUGAACUGUAGCAGAAGUGCACCUACACCGGCGCUUUUAAGAGUCACAGUCAACAACCGCACCGCAAAAACCAUAGAAGCGCCAGUGGCUUGCCGGAAGGAAGCCUGUUACAUACACAGUGUGCGCAUUCGGAGGCCUGCUCCUCAGACCUCUGUCCUGCGCCAGAAAAAGGGGGCAUCUUUUUUCCUCUUUGCCGACGUGCGACAAUACUGCAACGUUGGUAUAAUUAACAAACCCUUGUGGCGAAUCUAUUCUGUGAAGGACACAGAAACUGUUCCGGACUGGAAAAACCCAGUCAACUCUUCUGGGAUGUAUGGUGUAGAAAUGAUACACUUAACUGUUCCCAGAUUUACUUUGGAUUACGGCUUGUAUCUGUUUAAUUUCACUGUUGAGAUAACCCCGAUUGGGACCGCAACGGUCCUCAGGGGCACAGAUAAAAUUUACGUUCAGAUCGAGAGAGACGACCUGGUGGCAAAUAUUGUGGGAGGCACCUUCCGCACAGUGGGCUUUUCUGAUGAUUGGACUCUCAAUGGCUCUGCGUCCUACGAUCCUGACUCAAAGGAUGGGCUAAAGGGAAUCACGUUUACUUGGUACUGUACGAAAGAGCUGUCCGACUACAAAAACAUGCAAGUCAGCCCGGGAAAGAGAUGCCAUCCGGCCCAGAGGGAUUUGAAAUGGCUAACACCCUCAGGCCCAGUCCAGGCAGUGCCACCAGAAUCCCUCCCAGGAAACAGCGUCUACUACUUCCGUCUAGAGAUUCAAAAGGACACGAGGAGGAGCUACGCUGACCAAACCGUAAAUGUGCAGCCUGGCUCCCCACUCUUCCUGAACGUGGCAUGCCUCGAAAACUGUGGGAGCACUCUAAUUCCAACGGAGAGAUUUAUCUUGUCUGGAAAAUGCCUAAACUGUAGGACAACCAGCCAGCCAGCCUACUACUGGUCUCUUUUUUCAGACAACUCAACAGAAGUCAGCUUUGACUGGUCUUCCAGAACCUCAACGGGGAGGUCUGGGCCUUACCUGUCUAUAAACGCUCUGACUUUUACAGAGGCUGCACAUCGAUCCUACGUACUCCAGUUAAAAGUAACUACCUGGGACGGGAGGGCCUCAGUCUACAGACACAUGUUUAAGGUGACUGCUCCUCCUAGGGCUGGCAACUGUACCAUCCACCCACGCUGGGGUAUAGCCUUUCAGACAAAAUUUGUUGUUCAGUGCAGUGGAUUUUCUGACAGCAAUUUACCUCUGACGUAUAAAGUGAUCGCAGCUUCCAACGUACCCCAAACGGCCAAAAUAACUUCUGUGGAGGAGAACACGUUUGGCACCAUUCUCUACUUUGGUUACGAGCCUAGAACUCCUCCGUCUUUUCUCCCAGUCGGAGUGCCCUCUCAGAAGUACACCUUGAAGCUUUACGUCCAAGUCGCUAAUUCCCUUGGGGCGUUUACCCAAGUGAAUUUAUAUGUCCGCGUGCAGAACCCAGUUAACAGCCGGCCACCAGCUGUCGUGUUUCAUGAGCUGCUGGCCUCGGUGAGCGGCUUUAACGCGCCGAUGACAUCUUAUCUCCAGGCUAAAAAUUAUUUUAGCGCGGGUUAUUUGGCUUACGUGGCGGCCUCCGUCUUAAACUAUAUUAAAGUCACACCAACUCUCCAGCUCCCUAAGGCUCAGUUCCGGGAAAGCCUGAUUGAAACACUCCUGAAUAUUUCAGCCGAGAGCCUAAUGGACAUCAACCAAGUAGUUGCUUCUCUUUCGCAAGUCACAGAGGAAGCUGACGAAGUGACCGUCAGAUCGCAAGACCUCGCCGUUAGGAAACUGUCCGAACUAACGGCAACGCUGAAGGUACAGAGGAACGAGACCCACUGGUCUGAGGAUGCAGAAAUUCAAAGCAGUGGAAUACUAAGGGGCUUGUCCAACAUCCUGAGAGCUGCUCUUCUGCCUCACACGAAUGUCAACGUAAACGGAGUUAAACAAGUCUUCUCCAUCACGGAAACCUUAAUGGACAUCGUUUUCCAGGGCAAAGUCCCUGGCGAGACAGAAACUCUCAUGGAAACAAAGCACUGGAAUAUCACGCUGACGAAAGAUGAAACCUGGAACAUUACAAAUGCUUUCUCUGCCAGAAACACCUGCAGAAGUUGCUUUUACCCGUCACUGAACGAAGGAAAUGAUACUGGAUUGUCCCAUGACGCUGUGAUUUCCACUGCCCUUUUUGAGUUUGAGGAGAACCCCUUCCCUUGGUUAGGUUACACAUCAGAAAUUGCAACAACGGUCUUGGGGUUCAAAAUGGCAGAGACCAAGGCUAACGGGGACCUACUUGGGAUCGUGCCUGAAGGAGCAGAAAUUGUGGUUGCUAGGAAAGAUAAGGACUCUUCAACUUUUCCGUUAGCAAUGGGACCCGAUAAAACGCAAGCUUACACAACUGGAGGAUUUCAGUUUGAAGUCAGCAGAAAUAGCAGGAGCAUCUACAUCCAGAUCCUGACAAAAUUAAAAGCUACUUUCAAGGUACUGGUAUUUACAGGCGCCAACCUCACGGAUGCUACUCCCAUAGCCUCGUUCUCGGCUUUUCACGACAAGCCAACAGCCGCAAGCAAGAACGAGACAGCUGGCGCUGACUGUAACAUUGAGGCUCCCUAUAUCAUCUGUCUCCCAGAGUCACUGCUGACAGCCACGGCUCAAGAAAGUGCUACAGACACUUAUAACAUCUCCGUCGUCCUGCUGACACCCCACGUCACGAGGUACCAAACCCAGAGACUGGUGAAAAUACACAUUUUUAGCGACCAGUGCUUAUUCCUGGAUGGGAUUCAAAGCCUGUGGAGAGAAGACACGUGCAGGCUUGGCUCCUUGACCAACUGGCAGAGGGUCCACUGUGUCUGCAGUAUGAAGCAGAGUCUCGGGCAUCUGUCAGUCCACGCUGCGUCAAACGCGUCCCGGUUCAACAUCAAGUUCCUGGCAGCCAAAGUAUUCGUUCCCCCCAACAGGCUAGACCUGGGAAAAAUGCUGAUAGCAGAAAUACCUAAAAACCCAGUGACCCUCUUAACAGUGCUCUUCAUUUUUGCUGCCUACUUUCUUCUGUCCUUCUGGGCCGUCAGAAAAGACAGAGCUGACAGGAACAGGAAAAACAGCAUUAUCGUCCUGCCAGACAACGACCCCUUUGAUACAGAGAGCUUUUUGGUCACUUUACACACAGGCAGCCGCUGGGGAGCUGGCACCAAAGCAGAUGUCUGUCUUCAGCUCAUCGGCCAGAACGGCACGAGUGACGUCCAUUGUUUACGGCACCCGCAAUUUUUGCCUUUCCAGCAAGGAAGCGUCGAUUGCUUUCUGCUAACUACAAAGAAGGACUUGGGAGACAUUUGUUCCCUCAGGGUCUGGCACAAUAACAAGGGCCCAUCUCCAAGCUGGUUCUUAAGCAGAGCCAAAGUUGAGAAUGUGAACACCAGGACGACGUGGUUCUUCAUCUGCAGGAAAUGGCUUUCUCUCGACCACGGCGAUCACUUCCUAGAGCGGACAUUUUCCGUCACAAACCCCAAGACACCUCUGCCCAGAAUCGACUAUUUUUGGAUUAAACUUGCUGACAGCCUGACAGAGAACCAUCCGUGGUUCUCAAUUUUUGCUCACGUUCUCACCGGCACUUUCAGCAGGCUGCAGAGGUUGUCUCUGUGUUUAGCAGUAUUGUUACUGGACUUGCUUGUUAACAUUAUGUUCUUUAACGCUGACAAGGAUGGAGAAUCUACGGGACACUUGAGGUACCUGAGAUCAAUAGCACUAGGAAUUGAAUGUGCUUUGAUGACCAUACCCGUGGAAAUCAUUCUAACUGCCUUAUUCAAGUAUUCCCGGAAAGAACCUUCUCCUCGUCAUGUGGCUCAGACAGACCCAAAGGUAAAUUCACCUCUCCAGGACGGAAGUCCCAAGAACUUUAAGGAGCGCCAGCAAAAAUCCUACCUUUCAGAAACUUCAGCACAACCGAGGAAUAUUACUCCCUUGGAGAACCUUCCUGGUCCCAGCAGCUCACAGAGCACGCCAUGUUCCAGAAAGACAAGCAGCGAGGGAUCUCCCCAAAACUGGAGUAACUGCACCGUUUCUGAAAGCCAGGCGAACGGAAUAGGAACAGACAUGCAGGCGACAACCGAAACUCCCCGUCCAGUGGCUAAGGCCUGCCAGAGAAGGCUGCAAUCAAAUUCCAACAUCCGGAAGAAUUACGCAGAAGAAGGGGGCAACUUUCAGAAAGAAAGGAAAGCGCUACGCGUUGGCUGCCUGCCCUCUCCCGAGAGACUGCACCUAGUUUUUCGGAGGUGCUGCUUCUACACCUCAUGGGCACUAGUUAUAGCUGUCACGGGGCUGUCAUCGUUUUUCAUCGUGUCCUAUGGCUUGUCUUACGGCUAUCAGACUUCUAGAGAGUGGCUUUUGGCUUCUGCAACCUCCUUUAUUGAGAAAGUGUUUCUCAUUUCAAUUCUAAAAGCCAUUUUCUUCUCAGCUAUGCAUACGUUUCAUCGGAAAACCUGUGAACACGUCCCAUGGUUAACUCUGAAAGAGUAUUCUAAGAUUAAGUCGGAUAAAGAAAUGCUGAGUGAAGAUGAAAUAAGAGAGACGCGCGCAAAACUUGCGGAAGUCAGGAGCAGCAAGGAGUACAAGCCUUUAGAGCCCGAGGAAGUUGCAGACAUGUGGAAAAGGGCAAAAAUCAAGGCCAAGGCAUUUACUUUCAUAAAAGGCUUCAUCAGUCACCUUGUCUUUUUGAUACUGCUAUUCCACUUUGCCUAUUCCACCGAGAACGCCAACAUUUUCCACUACAACAGAUUCAUCCGCAAGCAGUUCUCUCCGGGACUCUCCAGGGUACUUAAGCUGGAACACAUCAACGUGUGGCUGAAAGACUCGUUCUUGCCUCUGAUCCACAACGAAAUUCAGCCAACCUUUCUUCCCGAGAGCCGCUCCAAAAUCAUUGGUUUGCCUAGGAUGAGGCAAGUGCGGGCUAAAAACACGGAGAAAAAAUGUUUCCAUCCUCACAGCUUCAUCAAUAACUUUGUCAUCAGCAAAAGCCACUGUCUUCACAAAUACGGCAGUGACACCCCAGAGAAAGGUGACUAUGCUGGCACCUGGACAAAGCUUGCCAACCAGUCUGUUUCCGAGGAUGCCAGCAGCUACGGAGGGUUCACCUACCACCAAAACAGAACUCCGUGGACAUAUUUUUUAUAUGGAGAUUUGCACAAGUACGGCCCAGACGGAUACGUGGUUUACUUUUUCCCUGAAGAAGGAAGAUCUAAUUCUACCACAAGGCUGGACACUCUCCAGCAGAGCAACUGGCUUGAUGAGAACACGUGGGCUGUGAUCAUUGAACUGACUACAUUUAACAUGGAUGUAGGCCUCUUUUGCACCCUCACAGUCAUCUUUGAAAUGUCUCCUUUUGGGAUGAUAAAGCCAAGUUUGUCGGUGCACUCCUUUACACUCCCCAUCUUUCAUCAGCAAACUAAAGCUCAGGUGUUUGUGGCUGUAACUGCUCUUGCCCUCCUCUUCCUUUACAUUGUAGAUGAGCUCCUCAUCAUAGGGCAAGAGAAAAAAGAUUAUGUCAAAAAAUUCUCCAACAUAAUCAACUUUGGCUUAAAAUCAGCAUUCCUCCUCUUUGUGUUUUUAAAGACCAUAAAGUUUAAGGCGGGAGACGAUAUAGUGAAGUUUUACUUACUUCACCCAAAUCAUUUCAUCAAUUUCCAUGCAAUUUCUCAUUUAGAUCAGAUUUUAAGGAUUACUACAGGCGUUUUAGCAUUUCUUGCAGUUUUGAAAACUCUGAAAUAUUGUCAACUACUUUAUGGUGUGCACCUGGCACAAAGAUUGAUCCUGGCAGCCCUUCCCAAACUCUUCUCAAUGGCCCUCGUGGCAGCAGUGUACUUUUUUGCAUUUACAGCUUCUGGCUACCUUGUGUUUGGGCAGCAUGAAUGGAAUUACAACAACAUGAUUCACUCAGCUCAGACCAUAAUUUCUUACUCUGUCUCAGCAUCCAGACGUACGGCAUUUCCAUCCAACAGGUUGUCUGGUGGUCUGUUCCUGGCUGCUUUCACGGUUGUGAUGACCUGUGUCUUGACCAAGCUCUUCCAAGCUGUUAUUUUGUCUACCUAUAGAGAGGUGAAACAGUCCGUAUAUGAAGAACCAUCCGAAGAAGCACAAGUGGUUGCUUUUGUAUUGCAAAGGCUGAGAAGGAUAGUUUACCUUCUGCUCUGUAAAACAACCAAGACCAGUGAGACUGAUCUAAUUUACAGUGAACUUUACAGGCAGACUGUGAAAAGACAUCAGCAGCAUUUAGGGCUCAAAACCAGAAAAAUUAAUGGGCAAGAAAGGGUUUAUCUUGUCCUAUGAGCAAGGAGAGAUUUCUGUGUUCAAGAUGACCUUUACUCUGUAAU